ACGCUAGUGGUGAGAGAGGGCGCGAGUGCAGGAAAGAUUACUCCUCGCUGUCCCUUCCCACGAGGGAGUCUCCUCGCCUCACCUGCGAGCACGAACUUGGCCAUGGAAGAAGCCGCCCGCCUGAGACGGAGAGUUCUGCGGCCGGCGUUCCGUCGUGCGAGUGGUUGCCUAGCAACGCCGCAAGCGUCCUUCUCCCCCGCCUCUGGGCGAAAAAGGCUAAUUUGUCCCUUGUCGGGAGCCGUACAUCGCUAGAGGCCCUGGCGGCGUGAUUGGGUCAUGUGACGGCUGGUGCAGGGGUGCGCGUGCGACGCAAGCAGAAGACGCCGGUAAGAAAAGGGAGCGCGUGGAAUCGAUGGGAAGGGGUGACCUACAUGAUCCAGUUCCGGCCAGCUGGUUUACGCUGCUAGCGAUUUGUCAAGUUAUUUUUCUUUGCAGCACGAUGAGCUGCAAACUGAAUAAGAAACUGGGCUGUUUUAUAAGGACCAUGAGGCAAAUGCAGACAAUCAGCUCUUGUUCGAGGACAGUUGUGAGAAUGUAUGCGUUGGGGACUAGUGGACCUAAAAGAACUGUACGAAGCCUUUACCUCAGGCGAUGCCCGGUGGAUGUAUCCCCUUGUUUGCUUCAGUCAACUGUUAGGUUUUUUUCUCAAGAUGCCUUCAUCACUGGCACAGAAGGGCCCAGUUCAAACAAACAGGAAGUCGCUAAUAGUUUGGUAAAUGAUCAGACAGAAAGCUGUAGACCUGUGGCUGUAGAACGCACCAUGCCUCCACCUCAUUCCACAGUCACCGCUGAGACAAAUAGAGGUCUGAGUGAAGAAACGGCUGAGAAGUCCAUAACCCAGAGGUACUUUGAUGACCUUCGGAAGUGCGUAUCCCCCUGUGAUGUCCUAGACUUGUUUCCAAGAUACCCGGUUUCCCAAAAGUACAUCAGCAACUGUCUUACCACGAUGUGGAUGCUCACCAAAAGACUCUUGGAAGACCAGAAGCAUUAUGAGAGACAGCUGAUGUUUGAGCACCCUCAGUUCAGCCAGCUCUGUCAGACUGUGAUGGAAGAGGCCAAGUACAUGUGGUGCGACGAUUUGGCGUACAGCCUGCACGCUGUGGUGAAACUUGGAGUCCCACAGAACACCCGGUUAGUUCAGACAAUGUUGAGAGUAUGCCAGGAGCGGCUGAAUGGAUUCAACGACCGAAGCCUUUCCGUGAUUGCCAGCACUUUGCAAGGAAUGGAAAAAUGCAAGAAUGUCCAAGCGCUCCAGAAUGGGUUACAGUUGGUGGUGGAGCAGCGAAUUGAAAGGAUCUCUAGUGUGUUUAUGCUGCAAACAGUGAUGAAGUGUCUGGGAGAGGAUUCACCUCCCUCUCUUAAGAUAAAAUUGGAGAACAAGAUUUUGAGCCAGAUCCAUCAGCUGACUCUCCCAAAUGCUCAGCACAUGUUCACUGUGCUGGCUGAGAUGAAUUACCGCUCCCUUCCCAUUCUGCAUGCUUGCAGUCACAAAAUAAUAGACAAUAUCGAGGAAAUUCCGUUCUGGCGGCUGUUGGCCAUUCUGAGAUCUUGCAGUGACCUUAUGUACCGCAACGCCAGACUCUUUUCUGCAAUAGCUGAUUUCGCAGCAUCAGCCUUCUAUCUGUGGGACACCAAACAGCCCACUGGAGUUGGCGCAGCCUCGGCCUCUUCCCUGGCUGCCGCAGCCUCUGGAUUGGGCUAUUACUCUGAUGUGUAG